GAGCGGCCAUCGCAUCACACGCGAAGGAUGACACGGUGAACAACGGCUCAUCCGUACCACCCCGUAUGCCCAACAGUGCCCAAGGUCUACGUGCGCUCUGGCUAAGGGCUGGCGUGUUUCCAUGCGCUCACAUGAACUGUCCGAAAGCAUGCCACGCCCGUCCGAGGUCGUCAAGGACAAGUGGAAUUAGCAUACCCUCGCAGCCCGUGCUUCUUGGCAUUCUGGCAGCGCACCAACGUGGAGCGUAUCGUGUCAAUUGCGUGCGCGUUGUCGUCCUCUACGUGGAUGAGGUAUCGCGGGUACGCAAACGGCACUGCGGCGGGAUGUCACCUCUUCCUCACUACGUAGACUCCAUGUCCAGUGUGCGUAGCGUGCUCUAUUCACCGUCUUUUGCAUCUUUCCUGGGCCAAGUAAUACCGUACCGUCGAAGCUAUCUCAUGGACGAAAAAAGGUAUGAGGUGGUCUAAUCUCGUGGGCAACUUGGACCUUUUUUUUUUAAAAAAAAAAAAAAAAAAAAAAUCUGCA